CUCCUCACUGCCCUCCUACAGCAAACAUGACGGACUAUGAGGCUGCCACAGCCUUCCUCGGGGAGUGGGGACCUUUCCAGCUGCAGGUGUUUUUCCUCCUCGGUUUAAUCAUCCUCUCACAUGGACUCAAUGUAGUUUCUGUUGUAUUUGUCAGUGACACACCACUCCACCGGUGCAUCAUUCCCGCACACUCCAACCUCACUGCUGCCUGGAAGAAUGUCAGCAUCCCGCUGGAGGAGGACAGUCAGACCGGAGAUCUGGUGCCCAGCAAGUGCUUCAGAUACAAACUAGAUCUGAUCCAGAAUUUCUCAGACAGAGGACUGAUCCCCAGUGUUGAUGUGAACCUUUCUAAUGUGCAGCAAGAAGGCUGUCUGGACGGCUGGGAAUACGACCACAGCAUCUACAUUUCUACCACUGUGUCAGAGUGGGACCUGGUAUGUGAUGAGAGUUGGAAAGUACCACUGACAUCUUCCGUCUUCUACUGUGGCAUUUUUAUUGGUGCCUUCAUUUCAGGACAGCUCUCUGACAGGUUAUGCAACAAGAAUUAACUAUACAAGAUGUUCCUCAACACAU